CCUCUUGUUGGGUAGCAGAAUGAAUCGCACUUCUUCUCCUAGCGCUCCGACCGAUAGCGCCCAAGAUGCCACUGUCGAUCAGAUCCUCGACCUACUGGCCACCGUGUACUGGAAAGGCCUUGAUCGCGAGAUAUGCGAGGUAGUCUUAGCUUUCCAAGAGAUCGAACAGCACCAACCUAGUCCAACUCCUUACGAGCGCGAUAUCGCCGACAUUAGCGGUCAUAACUUCAAACAAUUUUGUACGCUCUUAACCCCUUACGUGGAGGGCGACGAGACUUUUAACUCGGCCCAAUUAUACAGUCGUUCGAUCGAACUUGCUAAGACUCAUUUGAAGUCUGACUACGAGGAAAGCCGCGGCCGAUACCUACUCCAAGCGCUAGGGCUUCUAGAUAUCGACGUCCUACAUGACAGCAUGGAUGACCCGACCAUUGGGAGGCAAAACCACGAUCCACAUGGCGAGGUGCUAUCAAUCCCAGGCGACACACCGAUCUUGUUCCGCGAAAUGCGUUGUGAGAUAUGCGAAGAACCCCUACGGGAAUACUUCUACUACGAAUGCGAGCAAGGCUGCAAGAGCUCGAUCUCGAAUCUGUACAUUGAGGAUAAAAAAGGCAACGCUGUUGACGGCACGGCACUUCUCGAUGACCUUCGGCCACCUGUACGAUUGUGCGUCGCGUGCGUCACCAACACAGAUAGACUAGAGCAGUGUAAACGGCAGCAUUGUCGCAAGGUCAUUCACUCUAGAGUAGGGAUCAAGGGCUUGUCCAAUUUCAGAGCGCGAUUGCGGGAUAUGGAAUUUGCGAAAGGUGGAUCAACUCGGCCACACUUGAAGAAGACGGCGUACAAGCUUGUGGAUCCAUCCCACUUUGCAAAUGCGGGGCCAAUUCAUUUCGCUCUUACCAUGGGGCCUCUCAUGAUUGAAAAUGGCUUGCGACCGAUUCGUAAUGCACAAAUCUCCUGUCGCCCCUUACCCUCAUUGCGCUUCGGACCACCUCAAAUACAGAUAAUUUCAUCAGAAAGGGAUGCAACAGCUGCAUCUGAGGGCACAGCUUUCACAGGCUACAUGUACGAUGACAAGAAUUCCGGCAAACGCGUGCUCGAAACCCUGUACAAGCCUGAAAAGAACCGCCGCUUCCUUGCGAGCGGGAAGAAGGUGUGUGGCGGCGCCUUUUCCGGACACAAUGCGCGUUUUUCCGAGGGCGAAAAGGAGAUAAUCAGGGCCCUGUUAAACGCCAAGUCUGCUUUCCGAGUUAACGCGACAGCUGUUGGUUGGGUUGGCCGAGCCCGAAAGCAAUUGCACGAGCUCUCGCAACCGAUCCUUGAUGCCAUCGAGGCCACUUUUGGCCAAGAAAUCAACAUAUAUCUCAAGCAUUUUGCCAAAGUAUUGGCGGAUACGGGAAACCGCUUGGACUGGGAUCUGCGCUCGAAUAAUUGCCAGGAGUUCUCCACUACCCUUCUCAAAGGCCUACAAAUAGGCGGCAUCUUCCAUGCCUUGCCUAAAAGCUUCCUUGACGAUGCAGAAGCUACAAACAAAAAGGACUGGACAAUCCCUAGAUACGCGAUGAGCUUCGGUCCACGCAUCGACACACCGAUAGCAUUGUUACGCCCGCAACCUCGGUCCAUAAUCUUGAAUUUCUACCGCAGGAAGCGAGACAAGUGCGAUAUCAUCGAGUUUGGAGAAACCUACCGUACAAAGCCAUUUGCUUUUUCAACCGAGUCAUGGGAAGUGCUCGACGGUAUCGAGGAUAUGGGAGCGAUGAAGAUGUCCUUGGUGGAUGCUCUAUGGAGCAUCCCUAGGGACUCCGUAUCCAUCCUGCAUAGUCACUUGCUGCGCCCUUCUUCCAAGUAUGCAAACGCGCAAUACGAGGCACUGACAGCGGAGCAAUGGGUCCAGAAUCGACUUCGUGUGCUCCACCAGCUCGACGUCUUCACUAGUUUAAGCGGUGGGCUAGUUUCAGCUCUGAUGGAACAGUCGGCUGAGAAGCGCCAUCUGCUUUCCGAAUCUUUCUCUCCAUCUGCGGAAGAGUUUGGGAUUAUUCAUGCCGAGGAAAAGAUAGUGAAGAUGGGCACUGUUCGUGGACACCUGAUCUACUUUGUUUCGGGACGGGAGAGAAAUUGGCACAAACAAGAGAUGAAGCAUUUCAUAAGGAAGCUAAUACAUUGAAUGUAGACUUUAUACUAGAUACGCUUCUACUAAGCAUAUAUAUAUCGGACAGUUUUGUUUGGUCGGGUUCUCAAGCUUGAAUAUGGUGUGCGGGGAGGCGGUCUGGUGAUCUCUUUUCAAGUCAAGUAAUGGUGUGGACUGUGGAUGGGAUAGAAGAUGUGGCGUUGGAAAGCUUAACGGUAGUAAGGGCGAGAUGGGAGAGGAGGUGGGAGAGAGAUGUAGAUGAUAAAUGGGCACAGAUGAGGGAGGGUUUCUACGAGGCAAGCAUUACGAGACUAGAGUAGAGCAGCGAAAGAAAUGCAUAUUGCGU